UAGCGUGUUCCCUGCACAUUUGUGGCUUCUGUGGACAUAUUAGCAACCGAUGCUUUUAGGUUCCAGUCGCCUAGCGUUGCCAAGGCCGUUAGAGGUCAUCUGGAAAAACCGUUUGCCCCAGUCGCUCUGCUUCAGAAGAGCCAGCUGCUUUCUCCUGCGGUAUUUUGGAAACUCGCUCCCUCCUCUGGUCUUGGUCCAGGUGCACAAGAAGCGCUAAGGGACGACGCAGGUGCCCAAGAGAAGGAGGGUGAAGACGCCCUCCUGAUGAACCCAAAGACCAAACCUGCAGACCAAGCGCAAAGCAGAAACUGAAAGUACACUGCCGGCCGAUCCCACGGAAGUUAUGGAAAAGGCAAAGCGCAGAGCCGGGCCGUGGUGUGUGCCGCCCCCCCUGGGAUGGAUGGAACAGCAGGCGCGGCGUGGGUGAGAGGAACCAGCUGCAGAUCGGCCCUGCCCGGGGCGGACUCCGGGCAACUCCGCGGAAGCCCAGGGUCCUGAGAGACCAUGGGCGGUGAGAGCUCGCUCCUGCUGCUGUCGAGGUCAUCAUGACUACGCCCGCCUCCCGCAGACCAUGUUCCAUGUUUCUUUUAGGUAUAUCUUUGGAAUUCCUCCCCUGAUCCUUGUUCUGUUGCCAGCAGCAUCGUCUGACUGUGAUAUUGAAGGUAGAAAAGGCAAUGAAUAUGAGAAGGUUCUGAUGAUCAGCAUCAAUAGAUUGGACAACGUGAUAGAAAUCGGUAGCAAUUGCCCGACUAAUGAAUCUAACUUUUUAAAAAAGCAUUCAUGUGAUGAUAAUAAGGAAGCUAUGUUUCUAUAUCGGGCUGCUCGCAAGUUGAAGCAAUUUCUUAAAAUGAAUAUCAGUGAGGAUUUCAAUCUCCACUUAUUAAUUGUUUCAGAAGGCACAUUAAAACUGUUGAACUGCACUGGCAAGGUUAAAGAAAGAAAAGCACCUUCCCAGGGUGAAGGCCAACCCAUUAAGAAUUUGGAAGAAAAUAAAUUGUUGAAGGAACAGAAAAAAUGGAAUGACUUGUGUUUCCUAAGGAGACUACUAGAAAAGAUGAAAACUUGUUGGAAUAAAAUUUUGAGAGGUGCUAAAGAUCCCUGAAAAAUAUGGAAGGGCAAUAUAGAACCCUAUGAACUUUAGUUGCAUCCAUCAAAAUUUGCUCAUGCAAUUUUUUUGGGAUAGAAUGCCUCCUAGAUGCUACUGAAUGCAUCCUGGUUAAAGUGGAUUACAGCCGUUGAAAAGAAUCCAUAUUUUAAUACUAGAAGAUGGACAUUAACAGUGGAAAACAAAUGCUGCAAUCAACAAUAUAUUUUAUAUGUUAUGUGGGCACGUAUCGAUCUGUUUUAAUUCUGAACUGAUUUUGUAUAAGACAAUUCAUAUAAGGUACCAGUUGCAAUAAUACUUUAUAAACUUGUUUGAGAAUUUCAGGGAAAAAUAUCAAAUCUAUGAAGUAUAUAAUGGUUGCAGGGAUGGAGUCAAAAAUUAACAUUGUUUAAUUAUCAAAGUAAUUUUAUGGCCCACUCUGCAUCAGUAGACUGCAUUAAGAGUGGAAAUUUGCAUCUUCCUGGCUGGGAAUAUUUCAGGGUUAACAGUGAGCUAUGAGUAACGCCCGUGAGGACAAGCUAAUCAUACCUUACAGAAGCAACAGCAUAGAGAAGUUCGAGAUACUUACGAGAGUUAUCAAGAGACGUAACUAAACAUGAACGCUUAAUAUAGGGCCUUCAACAAAUGGUAUAUCAAAUGUAUUUAAAUGGAAAUAAAGGAUAAUUUCAAAAAAAAAAACAA